GCAGUUUAACGGCAGAACAAAUUGGGAAAAACGUGACAUGAAAGAACAAAACAGCUGAAACUACACUACUUUCAAGUUUGUCGUUUGGUCGAUCACACAAUUCCACAUAUCACGGUGUUUUAAGAAUUAGAUACCCAAUGUUUUUUUAACUCAAGUUGCACGAUGGAGGGUUUUAACUUGAAACAUUCCUCAAUUCUGCACAUCCUAUUAUUCUUGUUGUUUAGUUGUUUUGGUGUGAAUUCAAAGUACAUAGCUUAUAACACUUCACAGGGAAUAGUUGGUGACAAAAUCAAUGUUCAUUUGGUCCCUCAUUCUCACGACGAUGUUGGGUGGUUGAAGACCGUGGAUCAGUACUAUUUCGGUGGCAAUAAUUCCAUUCGGGGAGCUUGUGUUCAGAAUGUAUUGGACUCUGUUAUUCAAGCACUUUUGGAUGACAAGAAUCGCAAGUUUAUCUAUGUUGAAAUGGCUUUCUUUCAGCGGUGGUGGAGACAGCAGAGUCCAGCACUGAAGAAAAAAGUUAAGGAGUUGGUCAAUUCUGGUCAACUGGAGUUCAUAAAUGGGGGUAUGUGUAUGCACGAUGAGGCAACACCACAUUACAUUGAUCUCAUUGAUCAAACUACUAUGGGUCACUUGUUCAUCAAGGAUGCAUUUGGUCAAACACCUAGAGUUGGUUGGCAAAUCGAUCCUUUUGGACAUUCUGCUGUUCAAGCUUACUUGUUAGGUGCAGAGCUGGGAUUCGACUCUCUCUAUUUUGCGAGAAUUGAUUACCAAGAUAGAGCUAAGCGGAAAGAUGAUAAAACCCUUGAGGUCAUAUGGCGGGGUUCCAGUUCUCUUGGCUCAUCUUCACAGAUAUUUACUGGUAUAUUUCCCAGGCACUAUGAUCCGCCCGAUGGUUUUACAUUUGAAAUAAAUGAUGUCUCCCCUCCUAUACAGGAUGAUGUUCUUUUGUUCGAUUACAAUGUUAAAGAGCGAGUCAAUGAUUUCGUAGCUGCUGCAUUAGCUCAGGCUAAUGGUACCAGGACAAACCACUUAAUGUGGGCCAUGGGAACAGAUUUUCGGUAUCAGUAUGCAGUUUCAUGGUUUAGACAGAUGGACAAGUUCAUUCAUUAUGUUAACAUGGAUGGGCGUGUUAAUGCUCUGUACUCAACCCCGUCAAUUUAUACUGAUGCAAAGUAUGCAGCAGAUGAGAAAUGGCCUGUCAAAACGGGGGAUUUCUUUCCGUAUGCAGAUCAAGAAAAUGCAUACUGGACGGGUUACUUUACGAGUAGGCCGGCUUUUAAAGGUUAUGUUAGAAUGAUGAGUUCUUACUAUCUGGCAGCAAGGCAGUUGGAAUACUUCGUGGGAAGGAGUGGUUCAGGUCCAAAUACAGAUGUAUUGGGUGAUGCAUUAGCACUUGCUCAACACCAUGAUGCAGUUAGUGGUACUGAAAGGCAGCAUGUGGCUGCUGAUUAUGCAUUGCGAAUUUCGAUGGGCUAUGCAAAGGCAGAAGAGGUGGUUGUCUCAUCUCUAGCUUCACUUACGGAAUCAAGAUUGAAUUCUAGUCAUGACAGUUUAAGCACCAAGCUCCAGCAGUGUCCACUUCUCAAUAUCAGUUACUGCCCUCCAUCAGAGUCUUUGCUGUCUAAUGGAAAAAGCUUUGUUGUUAUUGUCUAUAACCCAUUAGGAUGGAAGAGGGAGGAAGUUGUUCGAAUACCUGUUUCCUUUAAGGAAGUAAUUGUUCAGGAUCAUGAUGGAAGAGAAAUUGUGUCACAGCUUCUUCCUUUGACCAAUUUUUCGUUGAACACCAGAAAUUAUCAUGUUAGAGCAUACUUGGGUGUAUCCCCUGGUAACACCCCUAGCUAUUGGCUUGCUUUUUCAGCAUUUGUGCCACCACUUGGUUUCAGCACUUAUAUCAUUUCAAGGGCAAACAAGACAGAUGCUAGCGUAACAAUGUCAGCAAUAUCCAGACCUGAAGGAGGUUCCAAUAAUAUAGUGGAAAUUGGCCAAGGAAAUCUGAAGCUGCAUUAUAGUGCACAAGAAGGAAAACUUGUUCACUACAGUAACAGCAGAAAUUUGGUGAGGACGUCUGCUGAACAGACAUACAGUUAUUAUUCAGGGUAUGAAGGUUUUGAUAGAGUUAAUCAGGCCUCUGGGGCAUAUGUCUUUCGCCCCAAUAAUACCUAUACAAUUAAACCUGAAGGCCAGGUUCCACUUACUGUUAUGAGGGGUCCAGUGGUAGAUGAAAUACAUCAACAGAUCAAUGCAUGGAUAUAUCAGGUCACAAGAGUUUACAAGGGAACGGAACAUGCAGAAGUGGAAUAUAAUAUUGGACCUAUACCUGUGGAUGAUAAAGUCGGUAAAGAAAUAACAGCUAAAAUUUCGACAGCCUUAAAGACCAAUAAAACCUUUUAUACAGAUUCAAACGGGAGAGACUUCAUUCGAAGGGUUCGAGAUUACAGAGAAGACUGGGAUCUGCAAGUCAACCAACCAAUUGCUGGAAACUACUACCCUAUAAAUCUUGGAAUAUAUGCCAAGGAUGAGAAGAUGGAACUUUCAGUGUUGGUUGACCGUGCAGUGGGUGGGGCCAGUUUGGUAGAUGGUCAGAUAGAGUUGAUGCUCCAUAGGAGGCUCCUUUACGAUGAUGCUAGAGGAGUUGGCGAGGUGUUAAAUGAAACAGUUUGUGUCCUUAAAGAUUGCAAAGGUUUGAUGGUUAAUGGAAUGUUUUAUAUCAAAAUUGACCCUCUUGGAGAAGGGGCCAAGUGGCGUCGCACAUUUGGCCAAGAGAUAUAUUCUCCGCUUCUUUUAGCAUUUGCAGAACAGGACGAGAAUAACUGGCUGAGUUCCCAUGUUCCAACCUUUUCAGCUGUUGAUUCCUCCUAUAGUUUGCCUAAGAACAUUGCUGUAGUAACUCUUCAGGAACUUGAUAGUGGAAUAGUGCUCCUUCGGUUAGCUCAUUUAUACGAGACUGGAGAGGAUAAAGACUAUUCUGUAAUGUCAAGCGUAGAAUUAAAGAAGCUGUUCACAGGCAAGAAGAUGACGAAGGUGGUGGAGAUGAACUUAUCCGGUAAUCAAGAAAGAGCUGAAAUGGAGAAAAAAAGACUAGUUUGGAAAGUAGAAGGCUCGACAGCAGAAACCAAGAUCACAAGGGGAGGACCCAUUGAUCCGAAAAAACUCGUUGUGGAGCUUGCACCUAUGGAAAUCCGGACUUUCUUUAUCAGUGUAAACAACCUUAAAAUGUUUGGUUCUUGAACAAAUUAUAGGUUCGUUACAUGCAACCUACAACUUUUAAGUGAACGUGAUAGUUAUUGGUAUCACAACUGCAAUGAAAUAAUCAAAGUUCUGUUUCUAUA